GGACCCUGCUACCCUGCGUUGCCCUCUCCCGACCGCCGACUCCUUCAAUUGCUUUGCUUUGCUGCCACCUCCUACGUAGACGAACCCGUUACCUCUGUUCCUUAAACAAAGCCCCAGCUCCUUCGCCAAGCUCUUCGACUGUUGUGUACUCCGUACACAGGGCUUUCCCACCGUAUAUCCCUUAGUUUUGACUGACAACAACACCGUCAGAACACCACCAAAUCGACCUGCUGCAUGUCUUGACCAGGACUCGAGGCAGAUGCUUCAGGAUCUCGCCAGCGUCAGGCUACGUAUUUUGUAGUCGGAAUCAUAUCGGUGAAGAAUAGGCCAAUGUGUCUGCGGUUGGGCACAGACUUUGGUUCGACAGAGAUUAACACCACAUUUUCAGUUGCGGCAGACUCGCCGCAGAGAUCACACGUCUCUAACAAAUGUCAACGUCUCCAACAUCAUCAAAGGCCACGGCUACUUUCCCCAAUGCGGUGUCUAUGACCACCGUUCAUUCCAACGCCUCAGAAACAAGGCAAUCCACGUCACCCUCCAGUUCCGGCGAAUCCUCUUCAGCAUCUGACUCGGAAUAUCAAGCCUGUGCAGGUUCGCAUCGACCCGCGUCCAGGCGCAGCCGGAUGGAAAGGCCACGGAUAGGCGAGAGACAAAGGUCCAAUACUAUCAUCGUUCCCAAGGGACCCGAAGUCAAAGAAGUGGCCCGAAGAUCAUAUCCUCCAGAUGAUGCAAGAGCCAUGAGUCCGAGACGCAACAGUGAAGAUAUUGAGAGAUUAGAGCGGGGAUUAAGAGAGACUCUGAAGGAGCAAGCUCGCAACCUUCAAUCGUCCCUUGCCGCUCUAGCCGAAAAGAUUGACGAAGUCAAGAAUGACCACGACAAACUCGAAAGCGAAAAUCGCUUUCUACAAGACUACAUUGGUGGGCUUACAAGGACCAUGUCCAAGGACAACCUGGGCCGUAGCGCCAGCACCAGCGGCAAAAAGGGACGGAGAUAAGUAGCAACAUGCAACGACAUCCACCCUCGAACACUAUCAAGACAUUAUUAUUCACCAGCCAGCGUCUGAGAAAUGCCACUGGCCAACAUUUGCAUCAAGCGACGGGACAACGGGGCAUUGUUUUUAGGGCCAACCACAGUACAACCAAAGGACGGGCGUACACCAGUCGAUCGUUUUCAUGAUACCCAUGCCACUGAUACCCACCCUCGGGUGGCCACGCCCACGGCGGAAGGAGAGAAAGUUUUGGUAUUGUUGUUAUGAAAGAGCCAACCGAUCAAGCAGUCGACUCUACCCAUGGGAAAAAUCACCAUUGUUGAUGAUACACCAUGUAACCUACCCAACAUCCCAUGACACAUGACACGUCAUGGUAUGAGGUGGAGAUUGUUCUCUGAUGCUGUUAGAGCUGCCGUGCACUGGGCAUUCGUUUACCAUGCAAAGCAGCCGAGGUCGAUGGUCGACAGCGAAAAAGAUUAUGACAGUGGCUGUGAUUACCUUUGAUUAUUUGUUGCCGGAACGAUCCUGGAAUUGUACCAUUAGCGUUAGGAGAGCGAGAAAUGACGGGGACCAAAACUACUUGAAUAUCCCAAGAUCUAUUCUGAGAAUGGUCUGGUUAAUGAUGAUGUUGACAAGCGUCAACAUACGCAGCUUUUUGAUUGUUUUAUGCCAAUCUGGACACAAUCCCGGUGGCCAUGUUUCCC